AUGGAGAGCCGUGAAACCUCCGGUGGGAGAGCCGAUGCUUUUUGCUCACCGCCCCGAAAGGUCCCGCUGUUUAGUCUCCGGCAUCUUCCCCCGUUGGAAAGCACGCGCGAGAUCCCCAUCGCCGCUUUGACAUCGAAGGAAGCCGCGGAUGACUUGGGCGGGGAGGCGCAGCCGUGGAGCGGGAUCGCGAUCUUUUCCAGGGAUAAAGUUCCAGACAACCUGGAUGCCAUUGUCAUUGGAAGUGGCUAUGGGGGCCUGGCUGUAGCCGUGUUGCUCUCGAAAGCGGGGAAGCGAGUGCUGGUCCUGGAGCAACAUGGGAAAGCGGGUGGUUGCUGCCAUACCUUCAAUGAGAAAGGUUUUGAGUUCGAUGUAGGAAUCCAUUAUGUGGGGCAGAUGGACGGGGAUUCUGUCCUCCGCAUCAUGAUUGACCAGCUCACAGAUGGACAGCUCCAGUGGGCCAAGAUGGAGUCUCCCUUUGACAUAGUCAUUCUGGGAGACCCCGAUGAGGGCAAGAGGUAUUACUUAAACAGUGGGGAGAAGGAAUACGUCGAAGGACUAAAGAAACAAUUCCCUGGGGAGGAUGCUAAUAUUGACAGAUAUCUGGCGCUUGUGAAGAGAACAGCUGAAAGAAUUCACCACAUGGCUAUCGCGAAAAUGGUCCCGCUGCCCUUAGUCAGGUUUCUACAGUGGACUGGCAUGCUGGCCUUGAUCUCUCCUUUCUUCAGGAUGGCAUCCAAAAGUGUUUCAGAAGUGGUGGCAGAGUACACUAAAAACGAAGACUUGAGAGCAGUGUUCAGUUACAUCUUCCCUACCUACGGCGUGAUCCCCGCUGAGUCCAGCUUUUCUUUACACGCGGUCCUUGUUGAACAUUUCCUCGGAGGUGGGUGGUAUCCUCAAGGAGGUGCCAGUGAGAUAGUGUUUCACUCCAUCCCCAUCAUUGAAGAAGCUGGCGGGGCUGUCCUUACCAAAGCACCAGUAGAGAGAAUCUUGGUGAAUUCACAAGGGAAAGCCUACGGUGUAACUGUAAAGAAAGGCAAGAAGACUGUUAACAUCUGUGCACCUGUUGUGAUUUCUGAUGCUGGCAUCUUUAACACCUAUGAAAGACUGUUGCCAGAAGAACUGCAAGUUUUGCCAGAAAUUCAAAUGCAUCUGUCUAUGAUACAUCAUGGUAUAGGAGGACUCAGUAUUUUCAUAGGACUCAAUGGUUCCAAGGAAGAACUGGGACUGGAAGCUAAGAACUACUACAUCUAUCAACACAAUGACCUGGAUAAAGCGUUUGUUUCUUACUUUAAUUCCUCACGAGAAACUGCUCCAAAGAAGAUCCCUCUGCUGUAUAUUGCAUCUCCAUCAGCUAAGGACCCUCUGUGGGAGAAGAGAUACCCAGGAAAGUCUACUCUCAUUGUCCUGGCAGUUGCAAAAUAUGAGUGGUUUGAGGAAUGGAAGGAAGAAAAAGUCACUAAGAGAGGAACGGAGUACGAGAGCUUAAAGAAUACCUUUGUGGAUAAUAUGAUGGACACCAUUUUGAAAUUCUACCCUCAGAUAAAAGAUAGGAUUGAGUAUAUCUCAGCAGGAACGCCUCUCACCAAUUCCCACUACAUAGGUUCUCCCCGAGGAGAGAUGUACGGUGCAGAGCACAGCAUCUCUCGCCUGCAGGCAGACGUGGCAGCCAAAAUGAGACCUCAGACUCCUGUCCCAAACCUCUAUCUGACAGGUCAAGAUGCUUUCUUAGGUGGCUUUCCUGGAGCGCUUCAUGGAGCCCUUGUCUGUGCGUCUGCUGUCCUGCAACGCAAUCUUUAUGUUGACAUCCUGUGGCUGAGCAGAAAAAUCAAAGCGGAGAACACCAAGAAGAGCAACUGAGCCUUCAGCCUCCACCUUUGAGGGGAUUGCACUCCCCACCCACCCACCGUAUUGAUCCAAGUGCUGCUGGCUUCUCUCCCCAGCAGGGGGUGCUAGCCAGUACUGAAACCAGUCCUGUAUCUUGCUUUGUAAGGGGGAACAGCUCCCAUUCACCAGCACUGCCAUGAAAGGAGGGUGCGGGAUGCAGUUUUAAUACCUAAGCGCACGGGCAAUCAUGCAAUAUUUUUCUUGAUAUAAAUGAGGAAUCCAGGGCAUGCACAGAUUGGUUUUGUGCAUCUUAUUGGUUUUAUGUCAUUGUUGCCAGCGUGGCAGCGGCAGCAAUGGCUGUUUCUAUAUCAUGCAUUCAUGCAGCUGCUCCCACAACCAUUAUUGUUGCUUCUGCAUUCUUGCACUUCCUUGGGAUGGCUCCCACCUAGUGAUCUACGGCUACGGGUUGUUCUAGGUUACAAAGAGUGGAGUAAUUCCUCCUUUGCAAGGAAAAGGAUUUUCUUUAUUUUCU